AGAUACUCAUAUAACCAAUAGGACGUAAAGUAUAAGACGUCGAUGCUCAUGCUAAAUUCCUAUUGGCUGACACAGAGGCUGAACACAGCGCUUUCUUUUCCCGGGUUUGAGCUCGAAUAGGAAACAAACACGAUGCUGGUGUGUAAGUCAAGUUGAAGAAGUCACGAGUCAAAAUGAAGACUGUGAUGAUUUUGACUCUCCUGGCAUUAUUCCUACAUGACACGACGGCAGUGAUUCACACUAUGGAGUUUUUCUCCACCUUAUCGUCUGAAGUCCCAGACUUCCCAGAGUUUGUGUCUGUUGGGAUGGUGGAUGGUAUUCAGGCUGAUUACUACGACAGUAACAUGAUGGAAGUAAUACCCAAGCAGGACUGGAUGAACAAAAUCACAGAGUACAGAGAUGACUACUGGGAAUGGGAGACUGGGAAUGCUCUUACUCACCAGCAGUGGCUCAAAGCCAACAUUGAAGUUGCUAAGCAGCGCUUCAACCAAACUGGAGGUGUUCAUGUUUACCAGUUGAUGCAAGGCUGUGAUUGGGAUGAUGAGACUAAUGAGGUUAAUGGAUAUCAUCAGUUUGGUUAUGAUGGAAAAGACUUCAUCACUCUGGACAUGAAGACUAUGACAUAUGUCACUCCUAUACCUCAGGCUGUCUUCACUAAAAACCAGCUGAAUAGUGACAUAGCUAAGUUAAGGUAUUAUCAGUACUACUAUACCCACGAGUGCGUUUACUUGCUGUGGAAGUUUGUGAGCUAUGGAAAGGACUAUCUGAUGAAAAAAGACCUCCCCACAGUGUCUCUCCUUCAGAAGUCUCCCUCCUCUCCGAUCACCUGCCACGCUACAGGUUUCUACCCCAACAGAGCCGUGAUGUUCUGGAGGAAAGAUGGAGAGGAGCUUCACAAGCUGCACAAGGACGCGCACCAGGGAGAGAUCCUCCCCAAUCCCGACGGAUCCUUCCAGAUGAGUGUUGACCUGGAACUUCCCUCUGGAGACUGGGAGAAGUACGAAUGUGUGUUUCAGCUGACUGGUGUGAAGGAGGACAUCAUCACCAGACUGGAGAAAAGAGAGAUCAAAACCAACUACGUGGAUCACACAAACACUAUCAUUGGCAAUGUCAGUGGAGUCCUUGUUGUUCUCGCUCUCAUCAUCGCUGGUGGUGGAUACUUGAUUCGCAAACGGAGAACAGCCAAACGCCCUCCAUCUCCCGCCAGCGACUCUGGUGUGGAACAAAGCAUGCUUCCCAAUCCAUCAUCCUAAAAGACAAAGACACCAGCCUGAACUCAGUUUAUGGAGACAUUUUGCACUAAAUUAAUGAGCAAAGCUUAAAAAUUUCUCUGGUGCUUUAUUUGCUCUUCAUCAAACUUAUCAAUGAAGGAUUCGAUUUUAGAUUCUUGAUUUUAGAUU